GACUCUAGUUCAUACGGUAAGGCUUUUGGCGGAACACAGUACAGUCCACCGACUUGAACAACAGCUGAUGAUGUUGGCCAACCAGUUCCAAGUCAGAUCUAACUUUCAUACCUGAUUGAUGCCAAUCUUCUAGUUAACGUGGAUUUUUGCAGAUGGCGUCCAAAUCACACGUUUCUAUAAUUGGCUUGACGGCGGCAGUGAAUUUAGAAACAAGGUUCGGGAUCGUUACGAGGAUAGCGGGUUAAAGAACCACAUUUGAACGACCUCGCCAGCUGAGUUGAUUUGAAUCGACAUGUUAAAUGGUGGUGCAAUAUGCACUUUAAUACACGUCGCCAUAUCUGUGCGUAGGCUACAUGCAGACUGGUUGUGUGUUAUCCAAAUGCCAAUGGAUGAGUGUGGAAACAAAUAGUGCCAUUCACGUGCCGGAUCACAAGACGAUAAGGGCAAGAACACGCAGCGUUCACGCACACAUCUCGUUGACAACUACGCCCUUUUGCCGGAAGGAGAAAGGAGGAGGGUUAAGGAUGCAACGAGGCUGUCAUAUUUUCUAACGAAGAUAGACAGUUGGAGUCACGCUGUAUAUUAUUUCAUCGUACAUUGACAGUCGUGUUCCAGGAGUUUUCAUUUCAAAUCCCAAGUCAAUUGCGAUAUCGAAUCGAUUGAAGUUUGCAUUCAAUUUUCCUUGCCUUUCACGCAGAGACAAAUGAACUUGUAAGGUAUAUAUAAACGCGUAGAAAUACGUUAGACAGUUCGAGGCCAGAACUAGCAAGCGAAUGAAGGGCAUUGAGUGUUGUUAAUUGAAAUUCUUCGUCGGAUGAAAAGGGAAUUUUUUUUUUACUGUCGCGUAAACAGGAACUCGUUUUUUAACCUCUAGUAGAACAAUAAAGGAGACUACAAAUUAUGUCACUAAAAUGGUUAUCGUUGGUGUUGACAACUGUUUAUUUUCAGCUUUGUCAACCAACUUCAGUGAUGAAGACGGAUGUCACGCCGCUCCAGAAAGAUCACCUUGUGGUCAUGGCAGUAGAGUUUUCGAUAUCAGUGAAAGUGCACAGGAAUUCGACUGGCCACUUGAUCCGUUUGGAAGGUGUUGCACCUUUAAUGCUCGACUGGCUCUCUGUUCGAUACAACUUUGACUAUUCGGUGUUGGACUCGAAUGCCACUAGCCUGGAAGACUCGGGACCUCAUCUACCUGGGCUCAUUAGUUACGCGGUGAAAGGUGAAUGCGACGUGAUUUUGGCAGUUAUGGUCCACUCUCAAGAUCGUUUGAAGAAAUUAGAAUUACUGCAUCCGUGGUUUUACGCUGAAAUUGUCAUUUUAUUGCCGCUACCAGAAGUUUUGAACAACGUCAACGCCGUCAUUAAACCAUUUCAGCCUUGGGUGUGGGUGGCAUUAGGUGCUGCGUCGACGGGUUUCAUUGUCACUCUGCUGUGUCUGAAUCGGUACCUAAAAUCGGUGAAACAAUCCAUUCAACCUUCCGAUAUAUUAGCAACUGAAAGUAUUUAUAUGUACGUAGUAGUGACUUUACUUAAUCAAGGAGGGUACAUUUCGUCCAAACUGACGCCGAUUCGGCUAGUUGUUGGAGCUUGGUGUUUACUCACUUUGGUCCUCCUCAAUGUCUACAAUGGCGUCCUCACCUCUUAUUUGUUGGUUACGCCUUACUCCCUGCCCCUUCUGAACUCUAUGGAAGACGCGGCUUAUGAUCCUAACAUCUUCCCGGUUCUCGUUAAAAACAAAGGAGUAGAUAUUCUUUUUUUGACUGCAGAUAAAGGAUUGUUUAAGGCGUUUGGCGACAAAUUGCGGGCCAAUCCCAAGUUGAGAUGCAAUUCCAGUCGUCAAUGCGUGCAGAUGGUGACUUCGCUGCCACAUCAGCACGCUUAUAUCGAGGGCCUUUUGGCUUUGAAAGAGAUCAUCAAAGAUGAAUACAACCGGACUGGUCAGUGCAAAACAACUAUCAUGAAGGUGGGAGAAGCAAGCCGGCCUACAGGAUGGGCAUUAAGGAAAAGGAGCACUUACAGCGAGAAAUUCAAUCGAGGAAUGUUGGUGCUCCGCGAAACUGGACUGAUAUCGCAAUGGGAAAAACAGUUUGAAGCGAACUCUAGGCCUUGCUACGACGAGGAUCAAAAUUACAGAAACGACAAAAACAAGAAAAAACCAUUGGCCCGUUUGUCUCUGGCCAAUUUGACAGGGGCUUUUGCUGCUUUGGGCACUGGAGUGCUCGUAUCCUUUUUAGCUUUUCUGAUCGAGUUGCUCGUUGCUCGCGUAACUAAAAAAACGUUUGCUGCCAUAUGAUACGAUGUUAAAGUAUUCCAUCAAACUUUUCUUUGGACGUACUGCAUAGCGUAAAUCCGAUAUGAUUAUUUAUGCACUUCAGUCAGUCAGUAGUGUGGUUCAUUAGACUAAUUGCUUUCGGGUGCCUGAAAGUAUGAGGCAACUGGCAUUAUUAACCGGAAUUUACAAGCUUUAUUUCCAAAAAUUGUCCUAGACCAACGAGUAAAUAACUGGUUUAACCGUUUAAAUUUAACUCGUUAUAUACCCUUGUUGCAUCCAAAAUUAUACGUAAACACGAAAGAA